CCCCUCCCUCGCUCCCUCCCUCACUCCCUGUCUCCCUCCCUGUCUCCCCCCCGCGCGGAUGAGGAGAGAGAAGUUUGCCUGCGGCGCAGUCCACUGAACAUUUACUGUAUUUCAUUUUGGGGAACAGCAACAAGCCUCCGGAGAAGCUUUCCAGGGAAUGCUGAGGAAUAUCUGACUGCACAGAAAAAAACCACCCACAGCUGAGUUUCUCCUUCUUUUUUUUAAAAAAAACCAAACAAACUAACUAACUAAAUCUUUACUUAUCAUUCAUGUCGCCAAAGUAGUGGGAAGCUCGGGUCAGUAGGACAGCGGCCGCACGCGGACUGUUCGUCUGUCGGUGGGUGCUUUUUUUUAAAUCCCGAGUCCUGGAGAAGAAGAAGAAGGAGGGAGCGAAGCAGAAACGAAAGGCGACCAAAGACGAAGAGGAAAAAGAAAAAGAAGAAGACAGUCCAAGUGAACGAGAGAAAAGAGUCAGGCUCAGAAUGAAUAACAACAAAAUCGAGAAAGACAACGAGCCGAGUGAAUUCACCAACCACGAAGAGGAGGUCCGAACACUAUUUGUCAGUGGGCUACCACUGGAUAUUAAGCCGCGGGAGCUCUAUCUCCUGUUCAGACCAUUUAAGGGCUAUGAAGGCUCCUUGAUAAAACUCACUUCCAAACAGCCAGUGGGGUUUGUCAGCUUUGACAGUCGAUCAGAGGCGGAGGCUGCUAAGAAUGCCUUGAACGGGGUUCGGUUUGAUCCAGAGAUCCCCCAGACCCUGCGGCUGGAGUUUGCCAAGGCCAAUACCAAGAUGGCCAAGAACAAGCUGGUUGGCACCCCCAAUCCCCCUCCCUCCCAGCAGAGCCCUGGGCCACAGUUCAUUAGCAGAGACCCAUAUGAGCUCACAGUGCCUACUCUAUAUCCCAGCAGCCCAGACGUGUGGGCGUCAUACCCGCUGUACCCGGCGGAGCUGUCGCCGGCCCUCCCACCCGCUUUCACCUACCCCUCCUCGCUCCACGCUCAGAUUCGUUGGCUCCCACCUGCAGAUGGAACUCCUCAGGGAUGGAAGUCCAGGCAGUUCUGCUGAAGUAUGUGUUCCUGAUGUGUGAUGGUGGCCGUGGCCGGCUGUGACGGGCGUUGCUGAUUGCCUCUCGUGUCCAAUUAGAAACAAGGAGGACUGACCUGACUCCAGCCCUCGGAGCAACGCACCGUCGGCAGCAGCAGCCUCAUGGGCCUCAGGACAUACUAGACCCCAGCCUCCGUCACACAUCGAGCACCCCCACCCUUUCCCAAAGUCCCUCCAACUCUUUUUUAUACUGUUACAUACUCAAGAUUUACCGGCAGCGCUUUGGCUACACCUUCUCUGACACCUCCAUGAAAGGUACCGGGCAUGCAUGACAAAGGCGCACACACCCUUUGUUUACCAGUUGACUGCAUCGCCUGUCUAACGUUAAGCAGGUCUCUUGCUCUGCAUUCUGUAUAUGCAAGUGUUAAAACAGCCAAAGGAGUGCAAACACAAUUUAUGCAGAAUCUUGGCAUGGCCAGACGUGUGGAAGUGUGGCUGAAGCACUGCCGGGUAAUGUUAUUAUAUGACUAUAAUUAUUACAAUUCUGUAUAUCAUUCAUAUUAAUGUUAUUAUGAUUAUUAAAUACAUGUUGAAGCAUGACUUUGCAAAAAAAAAAGGAAAAAAAACAAUGCUGUACAUUUUUAGAUAUUUUAAAGAAAUACAAAAAGUAUUUUUGUAAUCAAGACAAUGUUUGAAAUGGUUCUGUUUGAUUGGUUCAUGUUGUGCUAAAGUGUGUGAGGAACUUUCAUACAUUUUUUUUUUUUUCUGUGCCCUUCCUGUUUUGUGCCAUUAUAAAAUGGCAAGUAGCCCUGCUAUACCAAAGCAGUCCUGUCGGUUUGCUCUUGUCUUUUCUACAUACUGUGUGGAUUUAGGUUUGCUCAUGUGUGUCCGUGUGUGCCGUCUUUUACCCGAUGAAGCAAGCAUAUUAGUCCUUUGUCUGAUGUGCUUUGGUUCAGCUAAGCAGUCAAUGUGUGUGAGACAAACACACCUGAUCCAGCUCAUAAUUCUAGGAGUUUGAGGUAAUCAGAUGUGUUGAAAGGGGCAUUGACAGGAAUAAGCCAUCCCUGGUGAAGGUAGAGUGACCCCGGAGACUGUAAAACAUGGCCCUGCUAUAAUAAGGAAUUUGCUCCUUCAUCGUGUAGCAGGAAGAAGCAGCACAGUAUAGAGAAACAAAAAGACCAAAGGCAUUUUUUUUUUACACUGGAGAGCUAUCUAGGCUAGUGGAAUUAUUCCGUUUUUGACUGCUUUGUAGUCCUCAAUCUGAUUUCUUAUGAAGUAUGACGUUAUUUUUGCUGCAUGUCUCUUUCGGUGUCACUCCAAAGAGCCACUCCGCGUCUGAAAGGAUAUUCACUUUUAAGCAAUUUGUCUCUUUUGUCUAUUUUUAGGGAGCCAACGUGAUUCAACCUGCUUUUGUAAAUUUUGAAUUUACAUGGUAAUGAUUGGAGUGUAAAAGAAAAAAAAAAAUCUUUUGUAAUCUUGUGUAUUCUUGGCCUGCAAUAACAUCUUUGCUGUCUGACAUAUCAUCGAGUGAUCAUAUUUUUGUGACAUUUUGACGCCAAAAUUCUCAUUCAUGUCGCGUUCUUACAAAAACAGACAGUAAAUUCUUGUACUUUUCUGAUAAGGCUAAGUCACAUUUCACAGUGAUGUGACAGUCAAAAAACUGAAAUACUGUAAACAAUCUUCCCUAUAAUGUUUAGCCCAGGUGUGUACAAUCAUAUUGGAGUGGUUGAAUCAUAUAGUCAGUGUUUGUAAUGAAUAAUAAUAAUAAUAUGCACAUAAUAUCAACGGAUUUUCUGAGGCAGUUUUUGCUUUUACAGACAUUUUUUAAGCCAAGUGUGGCACCAAAUUUAUUAGAACAAGUAUUUAUAAGGUGUGUGUGUGCGGGUGUGUGUGUGUGUUUUUAUGGGUAUUAUGUUUUUAAAGUUCAUAGAAGAUGCCCAUCAUAUAAUUCAUUGUAAGUAUUAUUGUAAGUUUAAUUGUAUAUUCAUUUGGUAAUUUUCUAGAGCUUCUUUUUGUGUUUGUAUCUGAUAUAUGAAUACUGUUUUACCUACAUAAUUCACUGUGAAAUCCAGAGAAAAACAUGCUCCUUGAACGAAUGGAUCUUUUCGUGUUUUGCCAGCGGUACGGUACAGAAGUUCCUGGAAAUUAAUAUAAUGAUCCCUCCCUUUGUCAAUGACAAAUAUUCCUUUCUUGUUUCAGUAUACCAUGUGCGUAUCUGUGUGUUCUGUGCAUGUUCAUGGCAUGUGUGUGUUCUUUUUUUUUUUCUUUCUUUUUCCUAAUGCAUACAGUACUGUUGAUAUUUAUGUACUUUAGCCGCUGUGAGGAGAAACUGUAUUUCAGUGAAUUGCAGAGGUUUGUUUGUUUGAAACCAAAAAAAAAAAAAAAGGUGAUCAAAAUGAGAAGUUUUUAUGAAAAUGUUAAAUGAAGACAUUUCAGGCCGUCUGCCAUUAAAGAUUGACAUCCUC